AUGGACAUCCAAAAGACCUCCCAGCCUGUCAUAGCAACACCAACAACAAUUGAGGCCACAGGAUAUCUCCAUAAACUGGACCCAAAAGGCAACCCCCUAAGCCCAACUCCCACAAACGACCCAAAGGACCCUCUCAACUGGUCCCUCCUCCGCAAAUCAACUUGUCUCUUCAUAGUCGUCUAUAGCUACUUCCUACUAACCUACUUCACCACUGCACCAAUCCCCUCCUUCGGGUUCUUAGAAGAACAACUCAACAUCAACUAUUCCCAAGUCAGCUGGACUUUUGCCCUUCCGUGUCUGGGUCUGGCAAUUGGUCCUUUGCUAGUGGGCUCGUUGGCAGAUACAUACGGUCGAAGGCCAGUGUUAAUUGCGUGUACGGCACUAGCCGUUGUGGCGAGUGGAUGUACAUCUAUCAAGACUAUCAAUUAUGGGGGAUAUAUGGCUACGAGGUUUUUUCAAGGGUUAGGAGCUGGGCCGUCGGCUAAUAUUGGUCUGGUGAUUAUUCAUGAUAUCUCCUUUGAGCAUGAGAGGGGUUUGAGGAUUGGGAUGUGGACUAUUGCCGCUAAUGCGGGGACGGUUUUGGGUGGUGUUUUUGGUGGCCUAUUGGCUACCUCUGGCGAAUGGGUGGCAUAUCAUGUCACCAUCCUAUUUGCCGUGCUACUGGCUGUACAGUAUCUUUUUCUCCCGGAGACGUUGUACCCACGCGCAGCUGUUUUACAUCAGGAGAACCAAAUGAUGGAUGCGGACAAGACGGCUAUCGCUAUUACCGAACCGAUAUCCAAGAAAAGCAGGCUCGGUUGCUUCGUCAUCAGAAAAGCCCCCAAUGUUCCUCAUCCCAAACCAUGGACAACAACAAUCCAAUUCUUCAAUUUAUUCCGCUAUCCCACAAUUGUCAUCAGUGUUCUUGGCUACUGCUUUCUUCAGUAUUGGUGGAUCUGCGGCAUCUCAACCCUUAUCCCAGAUGCCUACAUCAACGACUCCCCCCGAACCCAAGGCCUACUCCUAAUAGGCCUCUUAGUCGGCCUCCUAGUUGCUGAAGUCGUAUGCUCAGGCAACCUAAGCGACAAACUGAUGAGUUAUCUGGCCAAAAGAAACGGCGGAAUCCGUGUUCCUGAAAUGAGGCUUUGGCUUGGUUAUCCGGCUGCGGUUGUUUCGUCUGUGGGACUUGUGUUAUGGGGUGUUAGUGUUGAUGAAAAGUGGCAUUGGAUGGUUGGGCAGGUGGCUUUUUUCUUGUAUACUCUCGGACUACAAACCGGAAACACGGUCUUGUCUGCAUACAUUGUAGACAAUUAUCCUGACCAUGCGAAUGAGGUGAUCACUUUUUACACUGUAAUUAUCAAUCUCUCAGCAUUCAUCAAUCCCUGGUUCAUCUUCUACUGGGUCGAAGCAUCAGAGAUAUGGUGUACGGCUGAGGAGUACGCGGCCGAUGUACACCAAGCAUAUAGAUGGGAUGCUGGCGUCAACUGGGUAACAAUCAAUUGCCCAAGUGGCGUUGAAUAG